AUGUCUCUCUCUGUUCGCGGCGUGGUUGGCGCCAGUGUUGGCGCCUUCGGCGCUCUUAACGGUUACUGGGGUCAAAAAGACAACCAGGGCCUGCGAGCUUAUUGUGAUAGUGGUGUUAGCUCUGUUACCCUGGGUUUUAUCAACUCGGCUCCGGAGCACGACAAGUCGGACCUGAAAUACCCAGGCAUCAACUUCUCUACCCACUGCUGGGCCGAGACGUACACUGACAAGAAUGGCGUCCCUUCACCCCUGUACGAGUACUGCCAGAGCCUGAAGACGGACAUCCCCUACUGCCAGGAUAAGGGCGUCAAGGUCAUCCUGAGCAUUGGUGGCAUGUACAGCAGCGCCAACAAUUACAAGGUCUCGACGACUGCCAACGGCGUCCAUUUUGCUGACAAGUUGUAUCAAAUCUUUGGCCCCUACAAUCCCACAGCCGGUGUUGCCCGCCCCUUCGACUCCCCCGAUAGGCACGUGGCUGUUGACGGCUUCGACUUUGAUCUUGAGGUCGAGCUUGACAACAAGCCCUACAUCGCUAUGAUCAACAGGCUGCGUGCUCUUGACAAUUCUCUCAUCAUCACUGGCGCCCCUCAGUGCCCCCUGUCCACCACCCCGAAUGUCAUGGCCGAGCUGCUCCAGCAGGCUUCCUUCGAUGCUCUGUUCAUUCAGUUCUACAACAACCCGGUGUGCGACUACGUCGGUGACGGUAAUGGUGACAAGUUCAACCUGGAUGAGUGGGUCAGCUUCAUGGCCAAGAGCAACAGCAAGUCUGCCAAGCUCUACGUUGGCCUCCCUGGCGGCCCGACCUCAAACUCGGCUCGCUCUGGCUACAUCUCCCCUGACAAGGUCAAGGAGUUGGUGUGCAAGUACAGCACCAAGACCCCAAACUGGGGCGGCAUCUCAGUCUGGGACCUCGACACCGCGGCUGCCAACGUCGUCAAUGGCAAGAACUUCAAGCAGCACGUCGCCGAUGCCCUUAAGUACGGCUGCAGACCUGUUCCCACGACCACCAGCACGACCGCCUCCUCCACCAAGUCUUCGUCGAGCUCAACCAUCAGGGCUAGCUCGACGACUACCAGCAGCACGACCAAGGUCAGCUCCACCACGUCCAGCUCGACCAGCAGCAGCACCUCCAAGGCUAGCUCGACCGCCAGCAGCACCUCUGUGGCCAGCUCCACCACUGUUAGCAGCGCCACCGACUCCAGCUCAAGCAGCACUAAGGUGUUGUCUAGCAGUUCUACCAAGGCCAUCUCCAGCACCGCCAAGCCCACCUCCGCCACCACCACGGACGUUACAUCUCCUCCCGUCCCGACCUCCACGCCGGUGACCAGCAUAGUGUCCAGCACGACCAAGUGGUCCAACUCGACCAUCACUUCGGGCACUGUCUCCAUGACGACGAGCACGGUCUACACCACUUCGGUGCACACCGUGACCAAGUGCCCUCCUUACGUGGCCAACUGCCCCAACGGCGGCUAUGUCACGACUGAGACGGUCCCGCUCUACACCACCGUCUGCCCUGUCACGAAGACGCCCAAGCCGCCCCAGCCGACUCAGGCCAAGACCUCGGCGGCGUGGACCACGAGCACCGUCUACACCACUAAGAUCCACACCGUGACGGCCUGCCCGCCCCAGAUCGCCAACUGCCCCGUCGGCCACGUCACUACCGAGACCAUUCCAUGGUAUACGACCGUCUGCCCCGUCACGGAGACGGAGACGGGCAAGGUGCCGCAGCCCACUCCCAGCGUGCCUGGCGACGUCUACCCGCCUCUGCUUGAGAGCACCUCUGCCACCUUGGCCAAGUCCAGCAUCACCGAGACGGUCACCAAUCCCGCCGACGUGGCGCUCAAGCCCAGCUGCUCCGGCCCCGGCUGCCCCGGCGUCUCGUCUGGCGUGGUCGUGCCCACGCUGAGCUGGACCACCACUCCGGACGCCCCCUCGCAAGGCUUCACCUCCACCCCCGGCGGCCCCUCGGCCGUGCCCAGCAACCCAGUGCAGGCCGGCGCCUCCACGCUAGCUCUCAGCCUGAGCGGCCUGGUCGUCAUGGCCGCCUUCCAGGUGUUUGCUCUGUAA